UUGUUAGUGGCGCUACUAUCAGUUCUUCAGUGCCUUGAACGUAUUUAAGCAAUUGUUGUUUAAAUUUAUCCCACUGCUGAUUAAUUAGAUCUUUCUCUUUCUCAAACCACAAUUUGACAUUUUCAUCCUUUAAAUGUUUUAUUGCUUCUUCUGCCCAACAAUAUUCGGGAUAAUUGAGUUUUCGAAAAAUAAUUUCAACUGAGUUAAACCACUGAUCAAUCUGUGCUGCUGAUUCUUUCACAUUUUGUAGACAAGUUAUUUUACUUAAGAAUUCCUGUUCAAUUCUUUUUGUUUCUUGGAAUACUUUAUUUAAUUCCUCCAACUGUUCACGAUUAUCCUGUUCAAACUGUUAUUGCUGUGCGUCCAUUAUAUCCUGUUCACCUUCUUCUUCUUCGGAUAAGUCGAAGAAAAUUAGCUGAGUAUCACUCAGAGAGGAUGAUUGUCUUAGUUCGAGUGGUGAGAAGAUUCUUGAUUGCCGUCGAGAGUCUUUACUCGCUGCUGAUUUUGGCAUUUUUACUUUAUAUGGAAGUGAAUGUGAUUGGAGAUCACUUAUAGAUAAAGUUUUAAGGUUGACUUUUGAUCUGGUGUUCUGGUAUGGUACGUUGGUCAUACGAUAUCACAAUAAAUAAAACACCGUCUCCGGUCAGAGCGGUAAACAGAUGGGAACGAUAUUAGUUAAAAACACCGUCUCGGUUAGGAACGGUAAGCGUCGAUUGGAAGAAUCUGCCUUAACUGCUGUUUAACUAGUGAUCUCUCAAGAAAAUUAAAAACAAAAACAUACCUGCUUUGAACUUUAACUUCAAAUAUAAUUCUUAAAGAUGAUGUAUAGUAUAAACUAAGGAAUAUAAGUGAAGUGUGCCGUUAUAUGACGAUUGAUAGAGAACGCUAGUUGUUUUUUAUGAAAAAUACGGUAUUCCCCCCACUUGCUAUCUUUAAUUCUCUUACUCGUCUGAAAAGCUCUCCGUCUAGUGUCUCAGCCCCAAUCCAAUAGAUAGCAACAGGAUUUUGGUGUAGUAUAUUUGAUAAUAAUGAACAAAGUUAAUACUAAUAAAAGAAUAACAAACAAUGAACUAAUAACAACGAAGAAGAUGGAAUGCAGCGAUAUAAAGAAUACUACCCACGCGUGUCUUCACUCCAUUCUUAUAACUAUAUCUGACUAAAAAGGAACUAUAGUUGGCGUAUAUAAAAGAAGAUAAGCGAAUGAACAAAAAAGAGGGAACGUUAAGUUGACCUUCCAGUCCUUUCCAUGGACAAUUAAGCAAUGGAAGGCACUACCUAAUGCUCUAACUACAAUUUUAGCUUUAAAAACAUUUCGUUCUGCAAUAAACGCUCACUUUUUCCUUGGUGUAAAUGGCCUAGAUUUAAAAACAUAGACAGAAAAUAUGACAUGUUAUUCAACCAAAUGCGAGUGAAUUUUUCUCGACUGAAUGAUGACCUUUAUAAAAAAAAUUUAGUUACCAGCUAGCAGUGUUAUUGUGGAAAAGACGAGACAGUGCAACAUGUCUUUUUUGACUGUUAAAAUAACCAGCGCUGCAGAACAGCUUUUCAAAACGACUUGAAUGCUCUGGUAAACGCUCCUCUUUCUCUAGAACACAUACUUUUUCAAAAACCUGUACCUUCCUUAAAUGAAACAGAGAUGAAUGAGUUAUAUAAGAUUGUAAUAAGUUUUAUUAGAGACACACAAAGAUUUUAAAUUUGAAUUUCCCCACUAGUUCAUUUCUUCUUUGUUAUUAUUACCAUUCUUUUCUCCUUUCUCUCUCUUUUUACUUCUUUAGUUGUCUUUCCUUUGUCUUUUUUUUUUUGUUGUCGUUGUGUAUCGUUCUUAUCAUGUACUCUUGUUCUGUCUUUUGUCCUCAGUCAAUAUGUAAAGAUGUAAUAGGUUCGCCUCCUUCUUUUCAUUAUUUGUACUGAAGCUUUUCACACUUUCUUCUCUCAAAUAAAAGUUUAUGACAAAAGCAAGGAGAAAAACGAGAACGGAGAUUACUUCACAACAUUGAAGAACCUUCUCGCAGCUAUCAAUAUGUCUCUUCAACAGCUUGUUUCUAUUAGUUGGUUAGCACAUAUUUUCGUAUGCCACUUUGUACUUCGUAAUAUUCGCAACAAUUCGAUUCGAGCAACUUUGACACUCGCGCCAUGCAUCGUACUUACAUAUGCUGGCUGUCGCGAUCUUCCACCACUCAGUAUGUCUUCAAUUAUUAUGGUAUCAAUCUAUUGGAUUAUGUCAAUACGUAUCACUCAGAUGAUCGUAUUUUCUCCACACGAAGCUCGAACAUUUUACUCGUUCAUAUUGAAAUUAUUCUGGAAUCUUUUUCCAGUUAUUCCAAAUGAUUCUAGAGAGAAGCAAUCACCGAUUAUCUUUGAUCUCGUUUCUGGAAUUAUAAAACUAAUAUUAAAUCAUUGGAUUUUUCGAUGGCUUGUCAAUUGUGAAGCGAGUGAAAAUCAUGCAAGAUCAAUCAUGGUUGCCUUCUUGAUUCUCAUGGGUUCACAUAUGUCCGAUAUACAAAUUGCUUUCGUACGACUUGUUACUCGGGAUAAAUACACACUUCUAUCGAUUAGCAACUAUCCUCUAUUCAGCAAAUCGUUGCGCGAAUUCUGGGGUCGAAGAUACAAUCGUCUAACUAGUACUGUUUUCAACGAAUCUAUAUUCAAGCCUAUCAAACAAUAUUUAUCAUCACCGGUCAUUGCAUCACUCGUCACGUUCAGUGUCAGUGGACUUCUUCAUGCUCAUAUUGUUCUUAUUGACUUCGGCGGUGCACAAUCGAUUUUGCCUACAUUUGGAUUCUUUUUUCUACAUGGCAUUCUCUGUUGCGUCGAAUCAUACUUGGCUAUUCGAUUGCCGGCACCUUUAGGAUGGUUGGUAACGCUCUUGAUUCUUUUUUUUACACUGCCAUUAUGUAUGAGUCCAUAUACACGGCAAGGACCUGCCUACUUUGCUCGUAAUCCUCCACCAUUCUUCAAUGCGUCAUGGUUACCAAAAUUGCCUAUACCGCACUCUUGUCUAGCAUGUACAAGAACAAAUUGAUUCCAACAUACAGAGAACAUUCUUGCGUAUUUUACGAAGUUACUUGCUAAUUUUAUGUUUUAGAACUGAGCCGAAAAUUUAUUGAUUGAUUUGAAUUCUUAUUUGAGAACUUCAGUGUACGAUAUCCCCAUUUCGAAUAAACAUGUAUCCGGCAACAUUUGUCUCCUGGCACAGUUGAACCCUUGCGAUACAAAUCUAACCUGAAGAAAUCUCAUUCGAAAUCGCCUAUUCAGAAUAUGUUGUUGGACAAUCCCAGUUCGUCCAAUUCCAUCGGUUUUAUGUUUUACCAGUGAUAUUUUGAAGUCAAAAUCACUCCUGUCGUAGCGGCUGUAGACUGCCCCAGAAUCUUGUAGCAGUUAUCAGUUUCGAUUCGAAAACACUCCAGUCUUUCAUAAGAGUUUCAUCGACACCAGUACAGUGAGGUAUGCUGUCCGAGUUAAGUCGACGAAAAAGCUACAUUUAGAUGGUCGAGGUCCUACAAGGGCGAUUAGAGUAGAGGACAAAAAAAUCCAUGUACGUUUAAACGUACCUCCACCAUUAUUUUACGGUAAAGAAUUAGAAAAUGUGAAUACAUGGCUAUUUCAAGUAGAAGAAAUAUUUAAAGUUAAAAAUGUUCAAGGAGAACAACAAUUACAUUAUGUGUCAACAUUAUUAAGGGAAGCAGCAUUACAAUGGUGGCAUAAUGAAAGAAAACAAAUUAAUGAUAACCGUGGUCCACCAAUUAGAACAUUUGAUGAAUUUAAAAUUCGAAUAAAAUCUAAUUUUCAAGCACCUCACCAUCAACAAAUGUUACGCCGACAACUGCGUUCAUUAAGACAAACAAGAAAUGUACAAACAUAUGUUUAUGAUUUUCGAAAUAUAUUAGGGCAAAUCGAUAGUAUGGACGAGAUGGAUAAGGUGAUGUAUUUUCAAGAAGGUUUACGAGGACGUGCAAAAGCUGAAGUCGGUUAUCGCGCACCUACAACGUUAAAUGAUGCAAUACAAGUAGCAAUAACAUUCGAUACGGCACAUUUUUCUAAACAAUUUGCAACAGCAACAGUAUAUGAUGAACAAGAUAAAUCAGCAUCAUCAUCAGUAGAACUGAACAAAAUUUGGAGGUGGUGCAGUGAAGAAAAUAGAUUUAAGUAA